AUGGGGAAGGCUGGGAGGUGGCUGAAGAGCAUCUUGGCGGGGAGGAAGGACGGCAGGGGGAGGGAGAAGGCGCUGCAGCAGCAGCAGCAGCAAGGUGACGCGACGCCGCUGCCGGCGGCGAGCACCCGGGAGAAGAGGCGAUGGAGCUUCCGGCGGCCGGCGCCACCGGGGAAGGCCGCGGCGCCGUCACCGCUGUCCCUGGAGCCGGGCGUGUCCGGUGCGGGGCUCGCUGGCCUGUCGGUGUCGGGGCGCGAGCUUGAGCUUCAACAGAGCGACCACGCCGUGGCGGAGGCGGCAGAGGAGAGCGACGUGUUGGCGAACUGCCUCGUCGAGGAGGCGGCCGCCGCCAGGAUCCAGGCCACCUUCAGAGGCUAUCUGGCGAGGAAGGCGCUGUGCGCGCUGCGGGGGCUGGUGAAGCUGCAGGCGCUGAUCAGGGGCCAGCUGGUGAGGAGGCAGGCCAACGCCACGCUCCGCCGCAUGCAGGCGCUCGUCUCGGCGCAGUCCCGCCUGCGCGCGCAGCGCGCGCGCAUGCUGGAGGACCAACGCCGGUCGCCGCAGCACCCCAGGCGCCGCAGCUCCUACGAGAUGGACCGGUCCGGCGAGGAGCACGUCAAGAUCGUGGAGAUGGACAUCGGUGAGCCGACACGGCUGGGGCGGAGCAGCUUCUCGGCGGUGGCGCGCGAGUCGAGAGAGCGGCGCCUCGCGGAGUACUACUACGGGCAGCGCUCGCCCGCGCCGUCGCCGUCCGCGGCGUCGUUGGCCGAGCUGAGCCCGCGCGCGUACAGCGGCCACUUCGAGGGCGUCUCCGCGUUCGACCCCGCGUCCACGGCGCGGAGCAGCCCGUACGUGCCGCCGUACGCCGACGCCGCCGAGCCUGGCUCGGGGUUCUUCGUCCCGAACUACAUGGCGAACACGGAGUCGUCCCGAGCCAAGGCCAGGUCCCAGAGCGCGCCGAGGCAGCGCACCGACGCGCUGGAGCGGCAGCCUAGCCGGCGCCGCGGCGUCCCAGGCGCGCCCAAGAAGAUGAUGCAGCGGUCGUCGUCGCACAUCGGCGCGUACGGGUACGAGUACCCGUGGACGGGCGUGAGGCUGGACCAGUCCUGCGCCUCGCUCGUGGGCAGCGAGUGCGGGUCCACGAGCACCGUGCUCACCGCCGCCACCAUCGGCUACUACCGCUCGCUCGUCGGAUUCGAGGUACACAGGGGCCACUACUGAACUGAACAUCUAGCUGCAAGAAAUGGCAACUCACCGAUGUAUCAAGCACUACCUGAACCAUUAGUGUUUGUGCAAUGUUUUAGAGACCCAUCAGUGUUGGAUGAUGGCUUUGUGAAAUUCUUAGUUGUUUCUUCUCCUCUCCCUCUCCGACCUUGAAGU